AUGGCGACACCAGAUGCAGCAGAAAUUCAAUAUCAGCGCUCACACAUCCAGGAUGAUCGGUCGAAGAACAUUGUCAUAUCACAUAUAAUAUGUAUCAUCAUUGCUAUUAUUGCGGUUGCUCUAAGACUUGCAUCCCGGCGACUGUGUAAAGCGGCAAUUCUGGCGGAUGAUUUUGUGUGUUUUGCAGCACUGAUUUUUGCCAUUGGAGAGGUGACGGGAGGCUGGAUGUGUGUUCAUUAUGGCGGCGGAAAGCAUGCCAUUCUUCUCAAGAACCCGGAAACAUUUGCUAAGUGGGUAAUUACCACGGAGAUAUUCUACAACGCCGCCAUCACAACCAUCAAGCUCUCGAUCUUGCUGCUUUACCGCCGGCUUUUUCCACUCCCUCAACUCAAAAUCAUCCUCUGGAGUGUCGGUUGCUUCGUCAUAAGCUGCUGGUUGACCAUCACUCUACUGACCAUCUUUCAAUGCCAUCCGAUUCGCGCGGCUUGGGAUCUGUCUGUCAAGGGGCAGUGCCUCCGGUUAAACGUGGCGUAUAUCGUAUUGGGCACAUGUAAUACCAUAACCGACAUGGUCGCUCUCUGCCUACCCAUGCCACUAAUAUGGCGAUUACAUACCGAUAAAUCGCGAAAAAUGCAGCUAAUCGGCGUCUUUUCCCUUGGGGCCCUUACGUGUGCCGUCAGUCUGUACCGCAUCCCCAAAAUGGCGCAGCUCUCAUUGUCAGAUGCACCCUGGUCCGACGUCGACGCAGCCGUCUGGGGUGUGGUCGAAGUUAACCUUGCGAUUCUCUCAGCAUGCCUGCCGACUUUCCCAGCUCUCUUAAAUUGGCGAAGCGUGCACCGCCGCAACACUCCCCCGGGUGGAGCAGAUCCCAAAAGUUGGGGCUCGGCGAGCUACCCGGCUUUGAUCCCCGAUGAACGUCGAUCGGGAUUCAGAAGUGGUUCGGGCUAUGCCCACAAGGACGCGUUGAAGAUGGAAGAUCGGUCAGAAGGAACGAAAGGCGCGGAGCGAGCUACUGUGUGGAUUGAAAGAAGGGGUCCGUCAGACGAAGAGGUUUGA